UUCUGGCCAUAAAACUGCCACUUCAAACACGGCUAAAAUUGAGCUAACGACUUCUUCAAAUCAUUCAUCAACAACAACGGCCCCAGCAAGCAACACACAACCUUCCUCAACGCCACCUCCACUGACAUCAGCAUCUGAACCACCACCACCAAAAGCCUCAAACGCCACAUCCACAUCAAGCGCCACCACAACAGUCUCAACAUGUACCACCUCCUUAAAUGACAACAUGCCGCCAGAGCAACAGCAUCAAACCGAACAGCAACAGCAAUCGCCGAGUCUUGUAACAUUUACGAUUUUAAUUGCCAUCGAAAAGUCGCAACACCUGUGCGUAAUCGAUUUAAUUAGCCAAAGUUUAAGACUCCUUACACGACACAUUGCUCACAGCCAUAUAUUGGCGGUUUGUCUCGAUACGGGUCUAAUCCAGUCGCCGAAAAUCGUAAAUAGCAACGAAGUUGCAACAACAAAUGAUGACGUAAAAACGUCUGACAUUAAGAGUGACAAAACAUCGGCGACAACAACGGCAGCAACUGCAACAACAACAGCAACAAUCGAUACAAAUGGCAAUUGGCGUUGUCAGAAGACACAUACCGACACACCACACUCAACACUUACCUACAUUGGUGUCGAUGAAGUUACAGCACAUGUGGCAGCCACUGAAAUACCCAGUGGACGUCUGGGAGGUUUACAUCAGCAUGACGCACGAAAAUGGCGUGAAUUUUUCCUUCACUACGAACCGUUCUAUCAGCAGUGUACGGGUGCAGCACAACGUCUGGUGGCAGCCUUAAAUGAUAUACGCUUAGCCGACCUGCAAGGUCUGCCAACCAGGCGUCAAUUGUAUGCCCAACAUCGGGCAUUGAGUCGUGCCCUGAUGGAUUCUGAAUUACAUAAUUUGCGCAAGCGUAGUGCGACAACAAUGGUACGUCUACAGGAAUUGGCCAACACUAUCAACAGCAACAAUAACAGUAGUGGCAUUUACAACAACGGCAACAACAACAACACAAAUAAACUUAACAGUUAUUGCAGUCUAAAGAGUAAGGGAAAUUUAGUUGGUAGCUAUUAUGGAGCUGCCAAUGGUGGCGCUGGUACCCUCAAUCGCAAUAAGCUCAUGUUUAGUACAAGCAGUAGUUAUAGCUUUAAUUAUCAAGGCAACCAAAAUAAUAAAAAUAACAACAACAACAACAAUUCGAUUAGUCACAAUGUUGCGGGAGCACCAACAACAGCCAUAACCAAAUCUUACCAACCACUAACAUCUUCUUCGCCAUCAUCAACGUCAUCGUCGUUGUCCUCCUCAACUGCCACAAAUCCCAAGUCCUGCAUUUAUACAGCCACGUCGUCCAUUAACCCAACAACAACUAGUCGUUUAAGCGCCACAACUGCCAGCACCAUAAGCGGCCUAAUGAAUUAUUGCGUUGGUGGCGGUGCUAGUGGUCCAUCUCAGCCCAUCGCCAGUAACAUCGAUGUUGCAAUCCGUCUCCAAAAGGUAACAUUGCUGUUCAAUGAAAUUGAUCGUGCCGCCAAGCGAUUGGAACAGCUCACGGAACAACGUCGCGAACAUUUGCGCGAAUUAACACGGCAACGUGCUCUUGAAGAUGAAAUUAAUGAG